GGCAUCCACAAGAUCCAUUACAUUUUUGUUUUUAUUUAUGAAAUUUCACUACAUAAUAAAAAGAAUAUAUUAUAAUGUUUUCCAAGGAAAAAAAAAAAAACCCCAAAAACAGCUGCAUAAAUACAAAUCUGAGAGCUCCCCUCUAUUUCAAGUUGUGGUGGAGAUCCAAGCUUUCCACACUCCCACUUCCAAACAAUACUCUCCAAUCCCCCAUACUCCCUUCCUCGGUGCCGGAAUAUCUCGCCGGAAACUCAUCUCUCUUUAUGGUUACUUCUUGCUUGAAAAAGUGUUGAACAAGCAGAGAAGAUCAAUUUGCACCAUUAAUUUAGUGCAAAAGAGGAGGUGAUCUUUUUUUUAUAUUAAUAUACUAUUUGGAAUGCUUGCUUUACCACCACCUUUGAGAAGUUGCAAAGAUGAAAGAUUACAAAGCGAGAUGGAGGGCUGCUUUACAAAUGGAGGUGGAGUUGGAGAAGAGGAUGCUUUCCCGGAUUUUUCAUGUGGGAAUUUGCUGGACAGUAUUGACUUCGAUGACCUGUUCGUGGGGAUUAAUGAUGAAGAUGUGUUGCCAGAUUUGGAGAUGGAUCCCGAGAUUCUUGCUGAAUUUUCACUCAGCAGUGGGGCUGAUCAGGAUUCCUCCGAGAUGUCAACACUUGAAUCCUCAUUACUAUCUACUGAAAAAGUAGUUGAGGAAACUUCACCAAAAGUGGAUGUGGAUAAGGGUGUUAUUAGUGAUUACACUAAUAAUAAUUCAGAUGUCUACUCUUCCACUACUUUCAGUACUCAGGCUGAAGAUGUUGUAAGCAAGUCGUCAUCAUCAUCGGUAGUUGAAGAUAAUUCAGCGGUAGCCAGUGCAAACCCUUCUCCUAAAGAUGGUGAUAAAGCUAAGAAAUCGUCUUCACAACCCAAGAAUUCUCAAGGAAAGAGGAAAGUCAAGGUGGACUGGACGCCAGAGCUGCACAGGAGGUUUGUGCAAGCAGUGGAACAGCUUGGUGUGGAUAAGGCAGUCCCUUCAAGGAUUCUUGAGCUCAUGGGAAUUGAUUGUCUCACUAGGCAUAAUAUUGCCAGCCAUCUUCAAAAGUACCGUUCGCACCGGAAACAUUUGCUUGCAAGAGAAGCCGAAGCAGCAAACUGGACCCAAAGGCGGCAGAUGUACGGCGGCGCUGCUCCUCCCGCAGCUGCCGCUGCCGCAUCCGGAGGAGGAAAGAGAGAAAUGAGCCCUUGGCUAGCUCCGACUCCGACAAUGGGAUUUCCUCCCAUGGCACCGGUGCCACAUUUUAGACCUCUACAUGUAUGGGGUCAUCCAUCCGUCGACCAAACAACGUUAAUGCCCAUUUGGCCUAAACAUUUAGGCGCCCCUUCACCGUCUCCUCCGCCUCCGCUCCCGCAUGCUUGGGCUCCGGCAGCCGGAGCGCCUCACCCUCCACCGCCGCCGCCAGCUGACCCUUCCUUUUGGCACUCGCACCACCAACGGGUUCCAAAUUCUCUAACACCGGGAACACCUUGUUUCCCACCACAUCUUGCACCCACGGUAAUUUUGCUCGCAUCUUCUUUCGUUCUUCCUUUUUUUUGGGACUAACAUGCAUUUUAAAUUUACCUAAGAAGACCAUGUAAUUUUUUCUGUACAAAUCCUACCAUGUUAGUAAGUAAUUCUUAAGAAUUGUAACAACGAAGUCGUGACUUUUAAAUGUUGAGAGAUAUACACAAAACAAGAAGCCAUAUAUGAUUUUAGUAAGUGAUGGAAAACCUUUUUCAAAAAGAGAAAAAAAAAAAAGGUUACAUUACGUACAAUAAUGACUAAAGAUCAAAGAAUGUCACUCUUAUAUGUAGCAUAGAUGUAGAUGUAUAAUAAACAAACUAUAUGAUAAACAAAAGAAAAAAGGGGGUUGCUUUCAUUAAAGUGUCAAUUCAAUUAUUGACGUAAUCUUUGAUUGUACAGAUCAAGGUUUCCUGUUCAUGCCCUCUACUUGAGGCAACCAAACAGCAUCUCAAUUAUAUCCAACUAUUUUGGCAAAUCAAUAAUUAGUUACCGUACGAAUAAAACAAAAAAGUUAAACUUUAUUCUGUUAAUUAUAGUGGCUGAUGAAUGUUUUUUUUCCCCUUUCCAUGCAGAGAUUUCCUAGUCCCCCGGUACCAGGUAUACCACCUCCUGCUGCCAUGUACAAAGUAGACCCCGCCGGCAGCAUUGGUAUCCCGACAGCUCCCACUACCGGAACCCUACCUCAGGCACCUAUUGACUUCCACCCGGUAAAAUCCCUUUUUAUACUUCUUUCAUUCAGUCCACCUUUCUUCAUCAUUAUACUCAUUGGUCUAUUUCCCUCCAAAAAAAACAAUCAUUCCAUCGGUGACUUUUACCUGCAAACUGUUGACUUGAUAAUGGUAGUCAAAUAGUAGUUGGCGAUAAUACAAUAGUACAUUUGAGCCAUAUAAAUUCUAGAAAAAAAAAAAAUAUUCUUUAUGUUCUAAAAAAAUAGUCCACGUUAAGUUUUAAAAUUUGAACUCCCUAUGUCCCAAAAUUAUUAUCCAGUUUGGGAUUUCACUUUCAGUACAAUUUGAACUAAAAAUGAAAACUCAAACUGGACAAUAAUUUUAGAACGAAUGGAGUAUUAUUUUUUAUAUAAAUUUAGAAACUCAAUGUGAAUAAUUAUUUUUGGAAUGAAAGAUUAGUAUCUCCGUAAAUUAUUGUUCUCAUUAUUUCAUUGAUUACUGUUUCAUUUGUUACACAUGAACUCAAUAAAUAACAUUUGGAAAUGUUAAUCUAACAACAAUGGCAUUGCAUUGAAAUUACAGUCGAAGGAGAGCAUAGAUGCAGCCAUCGGAGAUGUUUUAUCGAAGCCGUGGCAGCCGCUUCCACUCGGGCUGAAACCGCCGUCGGUAGAUAGUGUGAUGGUGGAGUUGCAGCGUCAAGGAAUCUCGAAAAUUCCACCGGCCACUGCCUGUGUUUGAUCCCAAAAAAACCCCCAAUUUGACGACAUUUCCGGCAACAUUAGAUGAUUAGCGUGAGAGCAUGCAUAUAUAUAUCUAAUGUGCAAAUUAAGUUUCUUUUCUUUUUUUCCCCUUUUUUUACCAAAAUUAUUUUUGCAUUGUUCUUGUUCCCUGGCGUUGUACAAGAACAAUGUUUCAUUAAUAGCACUGUGGACUGUGCAAAAUCAAGUAGAUUUCUUUUUUCCUCUUCUUCUUCCUAUUGGAAAUUACCAAUAUUUGAUUUAUGGAGGAAUCUGCAUGCAAAUAAUGUGGACACUGACAUUUUAGCAAGAGUACCCAUUCCUAGCUAGCUAGUUUCAUCUAUCAUGCAUGUAAGAUUAUAUCUCCAUUCUUUUUUCUUUCUUUUCUUUUUGGUAUUAUUAUCAUUUAAAUUAGGAGCAUACUCUAUAAGAAUAACUAAACCACAUCUCUCAUCUCUCUCUCUCUCUCAAUCUUUCUUUUUUUUAAUCACCCAAUCACUUUUUGUUUAGUUACAGGUAAUAGCAUACAUUUUGUACUCCCUUGGUCGCAGAUAAGAGUUAUAUCUAUUAAAGUAAUCUAAUAUACUGAAUAUAAUUAUUAGUUUGGGACAGAGAGAGUAUGUUCUUUUUUGUAGAUAUGUUUUGAUUACAUAAUAAAAUACUUAGACAGAAUCAUAUACAGAAAAAAAAGAAAGAGAAACAUCUUACUUUUUGUCUAAUCUAAUCUAAC